AUGCCGAACUUCUGCGCGGCCCCCAACUGCACGCGGAAGAGCACGCAGUCGGACCUGGCCUUCUUCAGGUUCCCGAGGGACCCGGCCAGAUGCCAGAAGUGGGUGGAAAAUUGUAGGCGAGCAGACUUAGAAGAUAAAACACCUGAUCAACUAAAUAAACAUUAUCGAUUAUGUGCCAAACACUUUGAGACCUCUAUGAUCUGUAGAACUAGUCCUUAUAGGACAGUUCUUCGAGAUAAUGCAAUACCAACAAUAUUUGAUCUUACCAGUCAUUUGAACAAUCCACAUAGUAGACACAGAAAACGAAUAAAAGAAUUGAGUGAAGAUGAAAUCAGGACACUAAAACAGAAAAAAAUUGACGAAACUUCUGAACAGGAACAAAAACAUAAAGAGAUCAACAACAGCAAUGCUCAGAACUCCAAUACAGACGUGGGUGAAGAACAGGAUGAAGACAUUUUACCUUUAACCCUUGAAGAGAAGGAAAACAAAGAAUACUUAAAAUCUUUAUUUGAAAUUUUGAUUCUUAUGGGAAAACAAAACAUACCUCUAGAUGGACAUGAAGCUGAUGAAGUCCCAGAAGGUCUCUUUACUCCUGAUAACUUUCAGGCACUGCUGGAGUGCCGGAUAAAUUCGGGGGAAGAGGUUCUGAGAAAGCGCUUUGAGACAACAGCAGUCAACACCCUGUUCUGUUCAAAAGCACAGCAGAAACAGAUGCUGGAGAUCUGUGAGAGCUGCAUUCGGGAAGAAACGCUCAGGGAAGUGAGAGACUCUCACUUCUUCUCCAUUCUCACUGACGACGUAGUGGACAUAGCAGGGGAAGAGCACCUGCCUGUGUUGGUGAGGUUCGUUGACGAAGCUCAUAACCUGAGAGAGGAAUUUGUGGGUUUCCUGCCUUACGAAGCCGAUGCGGAAAUGUUGGCUAUGAAAUUUCACACUACGAUCACUGAAAAGUGGGGAUUAAACAUGGAAUAUUGUCGUGGCCAGGCUUACAUUGUGUCCAGUGGAUUUUCUUCCAAAAUGAAAGUUGUUGCUUCUAGACUUUUGGAGAAAUAUCCCCAAGCUGUCUACACACUCUGCUCUUCCUGUGCCUUAAAUAUGUGGUUGGCAAAAUCGGUGCCUGUUAUGGGAGUGUCUGUUGCAUUAGGAACAAUUGAGGAAGUUUGUUCUUUUUUCCAUCGAUCACCACAACUGCUUUUAGAGCUUGACAAUGUAAUUUCUGUCCUCUUUCAGAACAAUGAGGAAAGGGGUAAAGAACUGAAGGAAAUUUGCCAUUCCCAGUGGACAGGCAGGCAUGAUGCUUUUGAAGUCUUAGUGGACCUCCUGCAAGCACUUGUUUUAUGUUUAGAUGGUAUAAAUAAUGAUACAAAUAUUAGAUGGAAUAACUGUAUAGCAGGCCGAGCAUUUGUACUCUGUAGUGCUGUAACAGAUUUUGAUUUCGUUGUUACCAUUGUCGUUCUUAAAAAUGUUCUCUCUUUUACAAGAGCCUUUGGGAAAAAUCUCCAGGGUCAGACCUCUGAUGUCUUCUUUGCAGCCAGUAGCUUGACUGCGGUGCUGCAUUCGCUAAACGAAGUGAUGGAAAAUAUUGAAGUUUAUCAUGAAUUUUGGUUUGAGGAAGCCACCAACUUGGCAACCAAACUUGAUAUUCAGAUGAAGCUCCCUGGGAAAUUCCGCAGAGCUCAUCAAGGGAACCUGGACUCUCAGCUGACCUCAGAGAGCUACUAUAAAGAAGCUCUAAGUGUUCCAACAGUGGAGCACAUUAUUCAGGAACUGAAAGAUAUAUUCUCAGAACAGCACCUCAAAGCUCUUAAAUGCUUAUCUCUGGUCCCCUCUGUCAUGGGACAGCUCAAAUUCAAUACAUCGGAGGAGCACCAUGCUGACAUGUACAGAAGCGACUUACCCAAUCCUGAUACACUCUCAGCCGAGCUGCAUUGUUGGAGAAUCAAGUGGAAACACAGAGGGAAAGACAUAGAGCUUCCAUCCACCAUUUAUGAAGCCCUCCACCUUCCAGACAUCAAGUUUUUUCCUAAUGUUUAUGCAUUGCUGAAGGUCCUGUGUAUUCUUCCUGUGAUGAAGGUUGAGAAUGAACGCUAUGAAAAUGGGCGGAAGCGUCUCAAAGCAUACCUGAGGAACACUUUGACAGACCAAAGGUCAAGUAACUUAGCUUUGCUUAACAUAAAUUUUGAUAUAAAACAUGAUUUGGAUUUAAUGGUGGACACAUAUAUCAAACUCUAUACAACUAAAUCAGAGCUUCCUACAGAUAAUUCGGAAACUACCGAAAAUACCUGA